AUGCCUCCUGAAUCUCCGCAAAUUGUGCCCACCGAUCUGGCUCCAGUUAUUGGACCUCAGUUCCUCGGCGCUCUUUUCAACGCUAUUCUCUUCGGCGUCCUUUCUUCACAAGUAUACACAUAUUACAUGGCGUUCCCCGAAGACGGGAUCCAUCUAAAAACACUCGUUUACGGAUUAUACGUCCUGGAGACAGCCCAAACAGCUCUUAUCAUGCAAACCGCCUUCCGGAUGUAUGUGACGAGCUUCGGCAACUUCCAUUCAUUGGACCUCGUCGACACCACCUGGCUGAGUGUCCCGGUAAUGACGACAGUCGGAACUUUCUUCGCUCAAUUAUUUUACGCACACCGUCUGUUUACCCUCUCAAAAUCAAAGGUAGUCCCAGCGCUUGUUGUGCUGCUGGCCUGCACGCAGAUCGCCGCUGGGAUUGUUACCGGAGUAUUGGUGAAGCAAUCACCAUAUCUAAGCCCAGUCAACUUCAGACCGAGCGUUCAUAUAGCACUUGGGGUUUGGCACAGCGGAAGUGCAUUAUGCGACGUUAUUAUAGCUGCUUCCAUGGCAUAUUAUCUUUCGGGCUUCCACACAACGGUGACAAGAACGCGACGGCUCGUCCAGAAAAUCAUUCGCCUCACGAUAGAAACAGGCUCACUAACAGCAAUGCUGGCCAUCGCGGCGCUCGUACUGAGCUUAUUGCCGGACAAUGCAGCCAAUUACUAUGCCGUCAUCCUCGUCUUCGGCAAGAUAUACGCUAACUCCAUGAUGGUUCUCAUCAACCGGAGAGCUCAAUGGAACAGCGAAGACACGAAAAAGUGGAUAUCUUCUGCCAGUUUGCUUGGGACUGACCACACGCGAACUGUUCCCACUGAGCUAGCCACAGUGAUGGCAUGA